AUGCUGUGGAAUUGGUACACUGUGGAUGCUUGCUUUCUCAGCUCAUCCUGGCGCAUCACAAAUGGCGGGAGCAUGGCAGCUACGUGCAUCGGCGUCGCUUUCCUCGUCGUCCUGCUCGAAUUCACGCGUCGAUUGGGCAAAGAGUACGAUUUGCUGAUUCGACGUCAAUGGGCAGUCAGAGCUUCGCAAUUAUCGCGCAUCAACAGCAGCAGCACGAGCACGAGCACGGAAGAUGCAGCAGCUGCCGGUCCGAUCACGAUCAAGUUCAGAGCCACACCGUUGCAGCAACUCAUCAGGUCGCUCUUGCACGCCACGACGUUCGCAGCAGCGUACAUCGUCAUGCUCCUGGCCAUGUACUUUAACGGAUUCAUCAUCCUCUCCAUCAUCCUCGGCGCGGGUCUAGGCAAGCUCCUCUGCGAUUGGGAAACGCUCGAAAUCACCCUGGACCUGGACCACCACCAUGCUGGCAGCAGCAGCAGCAGCGCAAAGGAGCACAGCAGGGUUACGGCCACCACUUGCGAGGAUCCCACCGUGUGCUGCGGCUAG